CGGGCAAAGCACAUGUGUGCAAUCGAGCGAGCGAGCGAUUGUGACGGCGGCAUAACUAAGAGAAGCUUCAACGUAAACGUGUCUGCAUAUAAAGCUUUUUGUUGCUGUUAUUUUAUGGGCGCGUUUGACGUAAACGCCAAGAGUCAUUCAAAUAUCCAUUUUGAAAAAUCGAAGCCAAGUUGGAGGCAAAUCCAUUCCCGCAACAGGAAGUUGUAGCUUUGAAUGUCACGUGUACUGCAGUUGUUGUUGUUAGUUCAAGCAUUGUUAGCUCGCCGCUAGUGUGUUUUGCUUUGUUGUUGUGUGCAAGUGAGGAAAUUACAGUUGCAAAGUGAAGUGCUCGAAUGAGUGAAAGAAAAUUUGAUGCCAAAUAAAGUUAUUGUGUAAGCUAACGGGUAUUUUUGAGUGAAAUAUACAACAACAGCACCAACAAUAGUUAUGCAAGUUUUUUCUUGCACUAAAGCGAAGUCGUGAAAACAACAGUUUUGAAAAUUUAUGCGAAAUUGAGAGGUGCGAAGCUGCAAAAGUUGUGAAAAUUUGAGAUUUACCCUUCAUCACACACCUUAGAUAGCACUGGAGAUCCAACGGCAUCAAUACAAAAUUGUUUAAGCGAAGUCGGCAGAAGAUAAAAGAUUUGUGAGAAAUGACCACAACUACUGAAGAACCCAUAACAGCGCUAGAUUCCACUACGUCGUUCACAGGCAGCAGUAACGGAGAUCUAAUAGUGACGCCAGCGUUAAAUAGCGAGGAGUUUAACAACCUAACCUACGAUGAUGAAAAGAGCAUUUUCGCACAUCCCACAUUAGCAGAAUACUACAACAAUCUCACGCCCUUCGUCACACUUUGCAUAUUCGUCUCCGUCUUAACAUUUAUGCUCACCAUUUCCAUUUUUCUCACGACCUUGGCUAAGCUUCAGCAACGUCUUCGCAAGCCACUGCUAGCUCCUUCCAUAGCGCUUGUGUCCUUGUACCCGCUCAUCAGCCUUGCAGCAUUGCUCACACUACUCUUGCCGAAACUAUGGUUCACCUUCCACACUGUGAUGCAUCUCUCGUUUACGGUCGGCGCCGUCUUCUUUUAUCAGCUGUGCGGCCAUUAUAUUGGCUCUGAGACCAGUUUCAUUAAGGAGACAGCGGGCAUGGCUGUGGCGAUUAAGACACCACCAUGUUGUUGCUGUUGCGUAUGUUUACCAGGUGUGACGCCUACUAGGGGGCGAUUUGUAGUACUGCGAUGCCUUGUUUAUCAAAUGGCAUUCGUUCAGGGCAGCAUAAUGUUGGUGUUGAAUGGCAUCUUCUACAAUGAUAUGGCUUUAUUCCACGAUGUGCAAUACUAUUUUCUGCCAUUCAUCAUUACUUCUAUUAUACUCGGUUCAUGGGGGCUGAAUAUAACGGUGCGUGUGGUGAAUAAUUUACAUUCGGAUUACAGUACCACGAAAAAAAUGUUCGCACUUCAGCUAAUUUUAUUGCUGUGCAAGAUGCAGUAUCUCAUAUUGGACAAGCAGCUGGAUAAAUUAUUACUAGGCGGCGACUAUCCGAUGAAUCAUAUUAUCUAUAAGCAGUCUAUCAUCAACAGCUUGGUCGUGGUGGAGAUGGUUCUGGUGUCGCUACUCGCUCAGAGUGCUUACAGAAUUCCAGUUAUAAUCGACGAUAAUUGAAGACAAUUACUUAAGUAAUCUACUUAAAUACUUACGUUUGUACUUAUGUAGCUAGUUUGUUUUAAAAGUAGUGCUCAUAAAAUAUAGUUCUUAUUUUAUCAAAGUAGUCCUAAUCUACUUUUACGAAAUGUAAACUCUGGUUUAUGUUUAGUCAUUUGUCACAGGUCAGGUAGCUUAAAAUUUAAACUUUAGCUCGACUUUUUCUUUAAAUAAUUAAAAAAAUUCAGCACCAUUAAUUUUAUAAACGAUAAUGGCAAAAAUUGUGAUAGCUAAA